AUGCGCUUUACAGUCUCUCUCUCCAUUGCUACUGCUGUCUCUCUCAUUGCAGCCACCCAUGCUUUUCCUUUCCUCUCUACACGUGAUGUUGCUUCUGGUGGCAAGGGUGGCCACGUUGCUGAACAUGGCAAAGGUGGUGUCAAGAUGCACGAAUACACCCAUGGUGUCUACCACAUGAAGGAUCAUGACAAGGGUCGCCAUAUGAAGGAUCAUGACCGUGAUCAUGGCAAGAAGAAGGAUCAUGAUCGUGACCAUGACAAGAAGAAGGAUCAUCGUGAUAUGGAUCGCCACAAGAAGGAUCAUGAUAAGGAUCGCCAUGAUAAAGAUCAUGACAAAGGUCGCCACUUGAAGGGUCGAGGCACGGACCAUGAGAAGGAGAACAAGGAAGAUCACCACAUGAAGGAUCAUGAUCGUGAUCAUGACAAGAAGGACCAUGACAAGGACGACAAGGAUGAUCGCCACAAGAAGGAUGAUGAUCGUGAUCAUGACAAGGAUGACAAGGAUGAUCACCACAAGAAGGAUCAUGAUCGUGAUGAUGACAAGGACCAUGACAAGGAUGACAAGGAUGAUCGCCACAAGAAGGAUCAUGAUCGUGACCAUGACAAGAAGGACCAUGAUCGUGACGAUGACAAGAAGGACCAUGAUCGUGACGAUGACAAGAAGGACCAUGAUCGUGACGAUGACAAGAAGGACCAUAAUCGUGAUGAUGACAAGAAGGACCAUGAAGAUGACCAUGACGGCUGGUGGAAGGGUAAGGAAGAAGAAAAGGAUCGUAGCCAAGACGAAUGGUGGAGGAAGGAUGAAAAAGAACAUGAAAAGAAUGCUUGGUGGUGGAACAAGAAGGGUGGUUCCAUGUAG